CCUAUCUCAAACUAGAAGUCCUUGAAAGGAUUCCCACAUAAUUAUAGACUUUCUAUUAACUUUUUUUCAUCUUCUUCAACUCUUUUUUAUUCUAGGAUGGAUCAUCAUAGUAGUAAGAAUUGUUCAUCUCCCUCAAUUCUUUUCUAUUCUGAUCCAUCAUCAGAAAAUAUAAGAACUGUUGAAUAUCUGUUCCACCAAAUUCAAGACUGAGAUACUUGUAAGAUUUUACCAUGGCAAUAGUCCAUAGGAACAGGAGUGUGAUACACUUGUGUAGAUGGGUGAUGGUAUUUUGCCUCUUGAAUCAUGUGAAUUGUUGCAGGAAAGAUGAAAGAAGGGCACUUGUGAGCUUGAGAGCCAACGUUCAACCUCCAUCUCUACUUUCUUCUUGGGAGGGUUAUCAAUGUUGCCAAUGGGAAGGAGUGAAUUGCAGCAGAGAUGGCUAUAUUAUUUCUGUCGCCCUCAAUUUCACAACAGAAACAGCUGUUCCUAUUCCUUCCACCACCCUCAUUCCUCUUGCUAAUCUCACAAAUCUCUCUACACUACAUGUAACUGGUGCUUCAUUCAUGGGCCCAAUUCCUUCACAAAUCUUAACAUUGACAAGGUUGGAAGCUCUGGACUUAAGCGGGAACAAUUUAUCAGGAAGCCUUCCCCCUGAUGUCGAAAAGCUCAAGAGUCUGAGAAGCCUUGUGCUUCGAGAGAAUAGCUUAUCAGGUUCUAUUCCCUCUCUGUAUUAUAAUUUGGGCAUGUUGGAAGAGCUAGACCUUAGUAGGAACACAAUGAAUGGCUCCAUAAGUCCGCUGAUUGGCCAACUGACCAGAUUGGUGAAGCUGGAUUUGUCCUUCAAUCGAUUCAAUGGUUUCCUUCCUUUGGAAAUUGGAAAUCUUACCCAUUUACAGAUUUUGAGUGUGGCAAACAAUUCCUUGGCUGGACUCGUUCCUUCUUCUGUUCAGAACCUUACGGAUUUGCAGAGGCUGGAUUUAUCAUCAAAUUCUUUCGCAGGCUCUCUUCCUGGGUGGUUUCCAAAACUCUCUCAGUUGCAGUUCCUUGAUAUGAGCAAGAAUUCUUUAAGUGGGUCGAUUCCGGAUGGCUUGGGGAAACUCUCAGAACUGAAGACGCUGAAUAUCUCUCAAAACACUCUGAAUGGUUCCAUACCAGAUUCUUUCGGAGAGCUAAACAAGCUGAAUCUUAUGAAUCUUCGUAGCAACCAAUUAUCAGGAGGAAUCCCCAAGUCCAUGGAAAAUGCCUCCUCGCUUACUCUUUUGUUUCUUCAGCAAAAUUGGUUUGAUGAUGCAGGGCCUGUGGGGUUCAGUCCCAGAUUUCAGCUCAAUCAUUUGUCCAUGUCGGCAUGCAGGCUCUCAGGUCCUCUGCCCAUAUGGUUAUCUCAACAGAGAAAUCUCAGUGUUCUAAAUCUGACAGGAAAUGCCCUGACAGGAACGAUUCCCCCGUGGCUUUCAGAGCUGCCAAUUCUCAAUUAUUUGAGUCUAGGACAAAACAAAUUUGCAGGCAAAAUACCUCCACAAAUCUUCAAUACACAGUCUCUGCUAUCCUUGGACUUGUCUCAGAAUUUUCUUAAUGGACAUAUUUCCCCACAGGUUGGAAAUGCAACCCAUCUUCAGAUUCUAAACUUAUCCAGCAACACCUUGAUGGGAGAUUUGCCUUUGAGCAUUAGCAGACUCUCCAAACUGCAAGUGCUAGAUCUCUCAGGGAACUCUUUUACUGGAAUUCUGCCUCCAAAUCUAAAGAAUUGUACUUCUAUGUCCAUACUUAAUGUUGGUGAAAAUCAUCUACAGGGAAAGAUUCCACCAGAGCUUGGUUCCAUUGGAUCAUUACGGUACUUAGUUCUUCACAGGAAUAAUUUUGCAGGAGACAUUUCUGUGGCUCUGAGAAAUUUUUCUGCCAUUGCAGUGAUUGACCUAGGCUCCAACUUCCUCACAGGGCAUUUCCCAUCCCAGGCUCUUCAAUUCCAUGACUUGGAAGUGCUUAUUCUAGGAAGAAAUCAGCUGGAGGGCUUUGUUCCAUUAGGGAUUGGCAACUUGAGUAAACUUGACAUCUUGGACCUGUCAGGAAACCAAUUCAGGGGAAGCAUACCAACAGAUCUUGGUAAGCUUCAGAGCAUGAAGGAUGACUAUGCUGGGAUGCAGGGCUCAAAGGUCAUUGUAGGGAGACUUAACCACCCUGCUCAAGCAUAUUCACUAUACUUCACCAUUGAUAUACAUCUCAAUUAUAAGGGAAAAAUUAGGCAAUUAAAAUAUCUGGAUGGAUACAAACUAAUAGAUCUCUCAGCAAAUAAUUUCACAGGUGAAAUUCCAGCAUCAAUAGGUCAGCUUCAGGGCCUGUUUUCUUUGAAUAUGUCUUGGAACAGUAUUGAGGGUUCCAUUCCCAGCAGUUUUGGAAAUCUGACUUCUCUUGAAAUGAUGGAUGUUUCACACAACCAGUUGUCUGGUAAAAUCCCUUCUGCACUCACAUCCAUAAGCUCUUUAGCAGUGUUUGAUGUAUCAAAUAAUAAGUUGUCAGGUAGGAUUCCAGAAGGAACUCAGUUCUCCACAUUUAAUGCAACAAGCUUUGCAAACAACAGUCAGUUGUGUGGAUCCCCUUUGCUUGUGUCAUGUACAACUCCUCCUCCUCAUGAAGACGGGGAUGAGGAAGAAAGUGAAGGGGAGGAAGGACCAGUUUCAUUCAUUGCAGUGGGUGUGGGAUUUGCAAUUGGACUUUUGAUUGUUGUGGUAUUGAUUUUUAGCAGUGAGAGAAUAAGCAAGGUGUUAUUGGGUACCCCUGCCCCACCAGCAAGACAUACAAUUGAUCGCCGAGUUAGAUAAGUCUUGUUCAAUAGGUUUACAUGUACUCCAUUUAUCAUUAUAUAUUGUUGUGCAUAGUUUUUGGUUUUGAUUAUGUGAGUUAUUUUUCUUGAUGUUUGGGAUCAAACUCCAUGAUCUUUCAUCUUCUCUUGUCUUCCUUCUUUAUGAAGGAAUAUCAAGGAAAAAAACUCAGAAUCAAAAGCAGAAAUUAUGUACAAUAUUAUAGACUGUGGAAAUCAUAUGUCUGCAAUUACAUAUUGUGUUAACGAAUUGAAAA